AUGGUUGAAUUGACGGAGAUUAAAGACGAGGCCACCGCACAAGAACCACGGGCUGUUUCUCCGGAGCCAGUGAACGCUUCUAACGAAAAGGAAUUGUUCAAGCACGAUGGUGAAAGUGAGGACGAUAGCGACUUUGAGGAUGAUUUUGAUGAGAACGAGACUCUCUUAGAGCGGAUUUGUGCCCUAAGAGAAAUCAUCCCACCAAGACAGAGGGCUAGAAUUGCCCGUUUCUACGACUGCACUGCAUCGUUCAUGAGGACUGCCUUCCAGAAAGGUGGGAACCUGACAUGGGCCAUUACAACAUCCGCCUUGCUUCUGGGUGUGCCUCUAUCUUUAUCCAUACUGAGUGAGCAGCAGCUGAUCGAGAUGGAGAAGACUUUCGACUUACAAAAGGACGCUAACGAUAUUUUGACUCAAGGUGGUGCUGAUAGGACAGAACAGAAGGCAUUGGCGUGA